GUCACUUUAUCAGAAGCUCGGCGUAAGCAAGAAGCGUGUCAUUCCCCACCUCGCCGUGCACGCCCCAGAGCCUCUAUACCCUCCCCAUAGUGCCUGUCAUCUUCCCCCUCGCCUCCUGUCUCCAACCACGUGCUUAUUUCCCUCUAACUCCCCGUACAAGCGCCGAUAAUGUCCUCGAACCCGAGCGCCCGCCUGAACGGCAUCUUCCAGGACGCCUCGGCCUCUGGCGGCGGCAACGACGCGCUGCGCUACACGGCGCCCCGGGAGCCCUCGCACAAGCAGCAGCAACAGCAGCAGGCGGCGGCGGCCCCUGCGGCCUCCGCGCCCGCCUCCUCCGUCGUGUUCUCCACCAUGGUCUCUCUGUAUCAAUACGACGCCUCGGCCCGCAAGUACGUGCAGCUCGGGGGCGCCACAGCAGGCAGCAAGGUCGCCGUGGGCUGCGUCAUCGUGGGCGCCGAGACGUCCUACAACCUGCUCUUCUACAACGCCGCCAAGCAGCAUUUGUGUGCUGUGCCCGUCAACGACGCGCAGGUGGCCGAGUUCAUGCGCCAAGUGUUUCUGGCCAAGAUCCACGUGGAGAUCUGGGGCAGCGAGAAGACCGUGACCAAGACCAACCCGAGCGCGCUGAUCCAGGACGACCUGGUGUUUGUCAAGCCCGAGACGCCGCAGGUGAACAACGGCGACACAGUGGCGGUCGCGUUUAGCGCCUGGAGAGUUGUGGGCAACGCCAACUCGGCGCCCGCGGAUGUCGUGACCAAGUACGCGCCCUUCGAGAAGGCAGGCGAGGGUGAUCUGCGCAAGAUCCGACUUGGAGACAGCAGUGAGCGCAUCAAGGCGCUGGAGGAGGGCAUUGUGGGCAUGAGGAAGGGCGGAAAGCGCAUUGUGCUGGCUCCUCCUGGAAAGACCAACGGACAGGAUUGGUACCUGCUGGAGAUCGAGCUGCUGAAGACCAAGACUGGACACGGCGCGACGCAGCGGAAGUCGGUGCCGGCUGUGAACACAUCGGCGGCAAUAGAGGAAGCACCCAAGGCUUCGUCGGAGAAGAAGGCGUCGCGACGGCGUUCGACCCCUACAUCGGCAAGCUCGAAUGCUACGGCGGCAGCACCGUCGCGUUCCAACAGCACGCGCAACCUCAAUGAUAGAAAUGAUGCUGCUAGGAACGGAGACCUCGUGCCGUACGAAGAAGAGUUGAACAGCGCCGCGGCGAAGAACGAAAUGGAGCUCAAGGAGCUGCGCUUGCUGCAGCGUGAACAGCAGCUGGAGCUCCAGGCGCGUGCUCUUGAGCGCGAGCGGAUGAGUGUUACUGGAGGUGGUGGUGGCUUUGGAUCCAUGGGCUUUGGUCGCCCUGUUGACGCAAUGCUGUCGGAGCUGAACGCCAAGGUGGACUAUUUGAUUCGCAUGACACCGGGAACGUCAUCCAGUUCUGGGUCUGGAGUUGGUGCUGGCCCGAGUGACGUUGCUGCGGUGAUCCGCGGUGUGGAGAGGCUUGCUAGCGAGAACGACAGGCUUUUGACGCAGAUUAACUCGCAGCAUCAGCAGCAGUCGUCGUACGAGAAGCGUUGCGAGGAGCUCUUGGAACAGAAUCAGCGACUGCAAGACGAGAAGCGCACGCUGCAGGAGCGGUACCAGUCGGCCGCCAGCUCUCAGCUGAAUGUUACGUCUGAGUUGAGUGCGCUCGCCAGCGCACGCGAUGCGGCAGUCACGCAGACGAACCGUUUGCACGCGGAGUAUCAGCAACUCCUGACAGCGUACUACCAGUUGCAGCAACAACAAGGCGCAAGCAAUGAGGCUGAGGAGCACAAGCAGGCGCUCAAUUUUGAACGUGAAGCCCGUGCUCGCACUGAAAAGCAACUUGCCAAGGAAACCCAGGCUCGCUCUCUGGCGGAGCAGGAGCUGGCGCUCACGAAGAAGCAGCACGAUGUGGCUCUGCAAGUCAAGACCUCGGAGCUGUCUACAGCGACAGCUCAAUUGGAGCAGCAGGUGCGCUCACUUCAAACGCAGCUCCAGAAGGUCAAUGAUGAUAGAGUGCGACUACAAGCCCACGCGGAAGAGCACGCGCAGCGACUAGCAGCUCUAAGUGAGAGCAAGGAGCGGGAUGCGAAGCAGCAGCUGGAGAGGGCUGCACAGCAAGUUGCUCAGUUGCAGCAGGAAAACCAGGACUUGACUGGCAAGCUGGACGUGUCCUCGGCAUGCGUUCACGAGCUAGAAGCGGAGCUGGAGUUGAAGGCAGCGAUCCCGGAGACGAACGCUGAGGCGGGUAGUGCAUUGGCUGCUGAAGAGAAACGGAUUUUUGUCGAGCAGAUCGAGCUGCUGCAGCAACAGAUCAAAGAUCUGGAGCAGGAGAAGUUUGAGCAAGUGCAGCAGGCGCUGGCGUCUGGCCGUCUAUCGUCGCCCGGUGAGUGUGAGAACUGCGCGGCGGUCAAGGACCGCGAGCAGGCAGCGGAGCGUGCUCUGGCCGCCGCAGAGGCUAUCAAGCGGGAAGCGCAGGACAUGCUGGCCGUUGCAGCACACACUGGAGGAGGCACGGAUGAGCGCGAGAGGCUCGUGGCCCUGUUCAAGGAGUCCGUGAACGAAAUGUUCUUCCGCUUCCAGGACUUGUUCGAGGAGGAGACCGCCGUGGAUGGCAAGCAGGUGCUCACGGCCAUUCGGAAGGUCCUCAAGUCCAGUACGAAGAGUAUCAUUCAGCAGCUGCAGGAGCCCGCGCCGCAGCAGGACACUGAGACUGAAGCCGAGAGCGACGGAAACGUGAGUGAUGGACCCCCUGCACCCCCACCGCAAGAGACCCCGGUCGUUCAAGCUGCCGCAGCGGUGGCGGCGGUUGCCGAGACUGUUGCUGCUGUUGAAGCAGCGGUAGCUCCUGUGGAGGGCGAGCUGCAUGACGGCCCGCAAGCUCCAGCUUCGGUCGUCACCGCCCCCGUCCUCCAUGUAGCCCAGUAUCCGUCCAGUGACGAGAGUGACAGCGAUUCCGACUUCCAAGAGUAG